UCGGACCCUGACCCAUUUCUGUUCGUUCGUCGCCUCCUCCCCCGGCUCGCCCUCCCCGACAGAUCGACGACUCCUUUGACCUCUCUCGCGCUGUCUUCUCCUCCGUCGCCGCGCGAAGCUCGAGGCGGUCCCUCCCCCCCUCCCCUCUAGGCUCUCGCUCCAGCCCCGGCCGGACUCCAUGGCCAACAGCAACCUCCCGCGCCGGAUCAUCAAGGAGACGCAGCGGCUGCUCAGCGAACCAGCGCCGGGGAUUAGCGCGUCGCCGUCGGAGGAGAACAUGCGCUACUUCAAUGUCAUGGUCCUUGGUCCGGCGCAGUCUCCUUAUGAAGGUGGAGUUUUCAAGCUUGAACUUUUCUUACCUGAGGAAUAUCCGAUGGCUGCUCCAAAAGUUAGGUUUCUCACAAAAAUAUACCAUCCCAACAUUGACAAGCUUGGUAGGAUAUGCCUCGAUAUCCUGAAGGACAAAUGGAGCCCAGCUCUUCAGAUACGUACUGUUCUUUUGAGCAUUCAGGCACUGCUGAGCGCUCCGAAUCCAGAUGAUCCGCUCUCAGAAAACGUGGCAAAACACUGGAAAUCCAAUGAAGCUGAAGCUGUCGAGACAGCGAAGGAGUGGACUCGCCUGUAUGCCAGUGGUGCUUGACAAGCCAGCGCUGUUAUGCAUGUAAUAACACCAUGUCAUAUCUGGGCCUAAUCGAAAACCAUUUGCUUGAUAAGAACAAACUCGAAGUGUUUUGCGAUGGAAGAAAGUGUCCAAAGCUAUAAACAGUUCGAGUUCCUGAUUGUAUUUGAGGUGCAUGUUCCAGCACCUGCCACUGCUGUGCCACUCUAGCAAAAUCUGUUGCCGCUUAUGUAACUUGCUGUGUCCUUUCUUCAUCUUCAAUUAUUUCCCAGUUAACUCGCCCGCAGCAUUCUGAGCAUGUAAGAUAUCCAAACAUAGUCACCGGUAGUCCGAUACCCUGUCUGUGUUCUUCCUUGAAGAACACUUCUGAUGAAUUGCAUUUGCGUCGGUACAUGUUUUAUGGGUU